UAUCUUACUAUAGAAGAUCGUGGAAAGCACCAACAUGCCUUAAUUUUCUUCUCGAUCGCCCGGGUUAGGGUUAUUUUAGACCCCGCUGACCAAUGCGAGAGGGGAGAGGGCUUGGCUGUCGAGAAAUCGGAUUUGGUUGCCAUGCCAGCCCGCCCCGCCAGCACCUUUUUCCUGUUGCAGGAGAGCCACCCAUCCUGUUCUCUCUCUCGCGGUUGUCUUGCUGUCUUCUCUCUCCAGCUUGCCCUACUUUUUUUCCCCUCUCCCCCCCUUUCUUUUUCGCUCUCACUCUUCGCCUUUUUUUUUUGCCCCUCACCCAAACAAAAACCUCAUCCACCUCGUUCAUCCACCUCGACCUCCAAU